AUGAAGUGCUUCGAGAAAUUACGCAAUCCGAAAGCCAGCCCGCUCAAGUGUGACACUAACUUCUACCCCUACAGCAUGACGUUUCUCAACGGGGUGAUUCUGCUGCACCGCCCAGAUCUGCGAAAAGGGGAUUUCGAGCGUAACAUGGCAAAUCAACAUUGUAGGGAUGCCGCCUUUCAGAUCACUGCGAUUCUCAAAACCCUUACCCAAACAUUUGGGCAUUCGAUACCCGACUCUAUGGUGGUGUAUUCGACGCUAUCGGCUGGCCUUAUUCACAUGAUCGCUCUUCAGAGUACAGAUGCCUCUUUUUAUCGCCGUUCCUUGCGCGCAUUGAAAUCCAUUAUAAGUACAUUGGCCCAAAUGAUGCCUCAUAUCGGCUAUGCUAAGGUGGCAUAUGAUGACCUGCGGAGUUUUGCGAUGAAGUGGUCUCUAUCUCCAGCGAACUCUCCGGCCUUCUGGUCGAUAUCUAACACUGAUACAUGCUGA